CACACUGGAGCCCAGAUGUCAAGAUACGGAGGGGAUGCGUAUGAAGAAUAAUAAAUAAAGAUACUCCAUAUGGCCAGACGUCAGGUCACUCGAUGCCACCUGCCACUCCUGUGCUGCUGGGGCAACAUGAUAAAGUGCAGGAGAGGAUAGAACAAGGAGAAAAGCAAAUGGUGAACGGCAUGGUUCCAGUCUCAUCCUGAUCGACCUCAGUGUCCCAGGAGAGCUUCAGGCGCUGCUGGCGGUGAGGCCACCCACGCCACCAUGGCUCUCUACAACAACGGGGCUGAUGUGCCUUCGCCCCAGGAAGCCUCCAAUGGCUUCUCGCAGCCUGGUGCCUCGGGUACGUGGCACAAGGGUGAGGAAGAGGUGCGGCUGGUAGAGCCCAGCCUGGUGAAGAAGGCUCACCGGGAAAUCCUGGACCAUGAGCGCAAGCGGCGGGUGGAGCUGAAGUGCAUGGAGCUGCAGGAGAUGAUGGAGGAGCAGGGGUACUCCGAAGAGGAGAUCCGGCAGAAAGUGGGGACCUUUCGGCAAAUGCUGAUGGAGAAGGAAGGCGUGCUCACCAGGGAGGACCAGCAUGGCCGCCAAAUUGUGAUAGAGAACCAUCAUGGGGCAGAUGGGGAGGAGUACGCGGUGGAGUACCCCGUGGACUACGGCGAGGGCUGCCUGCUGCAGUGCGAUUGCUCAGCCGAAUGCUACCGUGAGGACAGCAGCCACCGCGAGUACAGGCUGAAAAGACGCUCAAGCAGCUCCAUCUCUCCUCCACCCAAGAAGAAAAAGAAAAAGAAAUCAGGUCACCGCCGGAGCCGCAAAAAGAGGAAACCCGGCUCGGAGCGCAGCUGCGACAGCUCUUCACCCAUCCGCAAGGAGAAGAAAAAGAAGACUGGAAAGAAACACAGACGUGACAGGUCUGAGUCGGGGUCACGGAAGAAGAGAAGACACAGGUCCCGGAGCCCCAAGAACAAAAGGAAAGAGAAAAACAAAGAGCGCAAGAGCCACGGCGCCCCGCUCCCGGAGCCCUCGGAUAGGCCGGCCUUGGCGUCCUCCUCUCCGCGGGCUCAUGGCAGGACAGAGCCGCCAUCCCCCCGUACCCGGGGGGCUGCAGCAGGCGAGAUGCGAGGGGGUGCUGGGGUCUGCCUUUGCAGGGUGAAGGAGAGGCACCACCGGGGCCGGCCCAACAGCAGCUCGGAGUCAUCGACCAAGCACUCCCGGCACGCCUCGGAGCGGAGGAAGAGCCCGUCACCCAGCCCCGGCCAGCGCAGCAGCUCCUGGAGCUCCAGCGGUUCCCUCUCCAAGUCCCGCUCCCGCUCCCGGGAGAAGAGAGCGGGACGCAGCCGCUCCCGCUCACCCUCACCGAAAAAACCCGCCAGCAGAGAGAAGGACAACGAGCCCCGAACACGCCACGGUGACCCCGAUCCAGCCCGUGCCCGGCGCCGCUCCAGGAGCUACUCGCCCAUCAGGAAGAGGAGACGCGACUCCCCCAGCUUCAUGGAGCCCAGGAGGAUCACAAGGUUCCUCUCGGAGAGCAUCGCCGCCGGCCUGGCUCCCAGGGCGCCGGCGGGCCGCAGCUCGCCUCCUACUAAUCCCAAACGUCUCUUUUUCAGCAGCUUUCAAUCUUUGGUGUCUGGGAAACACAAAAGCCACAUUAACCUGCUCACUUUCUGCCCUCGCCGCUGCCUAAUCCAGGACUAA